UCCAAAAUCAGACAUCCUCAAUUUCUGUCUCAAAUUCGCCAUAGCUAUCAUCUUCUUGCUCUUAAAUUAGAAAAAGAAAGAAACCCUAAGUUUCUCUUUCUACAUAAUAACCUAACUCUCUCUCUCUCUGCAUCAUUCUUCUUCUUCUUCUUCGCAUGUGCAAAAGCUAUCACCAUCUGUUUUGAUUGAAAGCUAAGUUUUCUUUUCAAUUCCGAAACGGAAGAAAUUCAAAGUGUGUAUGUCAAGACAAACCACCAAACUACAAAGAAACAAAACACACACACACCCUAUUGUUCCUUAAAGACCCAGCAAGCAGAUAAUUUCACGCUUUUUCCUUCUUCCUCCUGACAUUUUUCUCUUUUUUGUUAUCUUGUGAUUUGGGUUUAUUAUUUCACCCUCUCCUGCAAUGUGGGUUCGGAUUGGUAGCGGUGGUGAUUAUCUCUAAGGGUUUGUGGUUUUGCUUUUUGGUAAGCAUUUAAAGGAAAAUCUCUCAAUGGCGUUGUUUAGAAAGUUCUUCUACAGAAAGCCUCCUGAAGGGUUAGUGGAGAUCUCAGAGAGGGUUUACGUCUUUGAUUGCUGCUUAACCACGGAUAUGUUGGAAGAUGAAGAGUACAGAGUCUAUGUGGGACGCGUAAUGAGUCAGCUGCGAGAACAGUUUCCUGGUGCAUCGUUCAUGGUGUUUAAUUUCCGGGAAGGAGAAAGCACAAGCUUGAUGGAAAGUGUACUCUCUGAGUAUGACAUGACCAUCAUGGACUAUCCUCGUCAUUACGAAGGUUGCCCUUUGCUUACAAUGGAAACGGUCCAUCACUUUCUCAAAUCAAGUGAAAAUUGGUUAUUGUUAAGUCAACAGAACAUCUUAUUGUCGCACUGUGAGAGGGGUGGCUGGCCGGUUUUAGCUUUUAUGCUUGCUUCGCUCUUGUUAUACCGCAAACAGUUUAGUGGAGAAAAGAAAACUUUAGAGAUGAUAUAUAAGCAGGCUCCUCGUGAGUUGUUACAGCUAAUGUCUCCACUAAAUCCUCUGCCUUCACAAAUGAGGUUUCUUAAGUAUAUUUCGAGUAGGAAUGUUGGGUCAGAGUGGCCACCGCUAGAUCGUGCCCUUACAUUAGACUGUAUCAAUCUUAGACUGAUUCCUGAUUUUGAUGGUGAGGGUGGUUGCCGACCCAUAUUUAGAAUAUAUGGUCAAGAUCCUUUUAUGGCUUCUGAUAGAUCUUCGAAAGUUCUUUUCUCGAUGCCCAAAAGAAGCAAAGCUGUCCGGCAUUACAAGCAGGCAGAUUGUGAGCUGGUAAAGAUUGACAUUCAUUGCCAUAUUCUCGGUGAUGUUGUGCUUGAGUGCAUUACUCUAGAUAGUGAUCAUGAGAGGGAAGAGAUGAUGUUUCGGGCUGUGUUCAAUACUGCAUUUCUUAGAUCAAACAUUCUAAUACUUGACCGUGAUGAGGUUGAUGUACUGUGGAACACAACGGAUCGGUUUCCCAAGGAUUUCAGAGUGGAGGUUACCUUUUCGGAGAUGGAUGCCGGUAACAAUCUUGUCUGUGUUGAUUUGCCGCACAUGGAGGAAAAAGAUGGUCUACCUAUGGAAGCAUUUGCUAAGGUUCAGGAGAUUUUUAGUGAUGGUGAAUGGUUAGAUCCAAAUUCUGAUGUUGCUGUGACUGUUUUUAACCAAAUAACAGCAGCAAAUAUCCUUCAAGAAAGCUUGGAUUCAAGUUCUCCUCGAAGCCCUGAUUCACGUAGCUUAUUGGAAUCUGCACUUGAGAAAGUUAGGGAGAAAACCAAGUUGAUGAUAUCGGAAAAUGUUGCUGUAAGUCCUGAUGCAUUCUCUUCUGAGUGGAAAGAGAAAUAUACAGUCUCCUGUCAUAGAUCUUAUGCAGAUCCGAAUUCACUCAUUAAGAAGGUUGAUGAACCGCAUGAACUUCGAGUUUCAGUCCAAAGAAAAGCUCAUUCAAAGAUAAUUUCACCUCGAGUGGUCCAAAGUCCAGUAACUUCACCAGUUUUAAAUCGUAGCCCCACACAAGGAUCACCCGCUUCAGUAUCAAGAUUUCACAGCUCCCCCUCUAGCCUUGGGAUCACUUCGAUAUUACAUGAUCAUGGUACGUGUAAAGGUGAAGAGUCUACUUCAUCAUCACCAAGCUCACCGUCAAUCUCGUUUCUACCAACAUUGCAUCCACUGAAACCAUCACUACCCAAAGCUGCUCCACAACAUCACUACAAAGCUGCUCCACAACAGUCAUCCACGCCUGUUCUUACAAAUGGUCCUCCAGUAGAAGCAGCAGUGAUGCCACCAGCAUUACGACUGUUGAAGCCACUUAAGAUUUCGUCUCUUCCUCCUCCACCCCCACCUCCCGUAUCCUCUUUGCGUUCCACUCUUUCACCAGGUUCCAGCACCAGUCUCCAAGCAACACAAGGGCCACCUCCGCCUCCACCUCCUCCGCCUCUACCUCCACCACAACGUUCUGCACAGUCAUCUUUUCCUCUGCCACCACCAAAGAAAUUAGUGGGCACAACUAACCCUCCACCUCCACCACCACCACCUUUGCGUUCUAAUUCUCUAUCACUUCGAACAUGCCCACCAAGUAUAAAAUCCCCUCCUGUUCCUCCUCCGCCAGCACCUGCACCUCUGUCUCGUUCUCAUAACGGUGGUUGUAAUGGAAAUAUACCUCCAGUCCCUGGACCACCAUUGGGUUUAAAGGGGCGUGGGCUUUCACAGAUGAAUCUUAGAGGUCAGGGUCAAACGAGAAAGGCCAACUUGAAACCGUAUCAUUGGUUGAAGCUUACUAGGGCAGUGCAAGGAAGUUUAUGGGCUGAUGCGCAGAAACCUGAUGAAGCGGCUACUGCUCCAGAUUUUGACAUCUCUGAGCUUGAGAAACUCUUCUCAGCAGCCAAUCCUAGCCCUGACAAUGAAAGUAAAAGUGGCAAAUCAGGUCGACGUGCCCGACCUAAAGUUGAGAAAGUGCAGCUGAUUGAGCUCAGACGAGCAUACAACUGUGAGAUCAUGCUUUCUAAAGUUAAAAUACCUUUGCCUGAUUUGAUGAGUUCUGUUCUUGCAUUGGAUGAGUCGGUGAUAGAUGUUGAUCAAGUUGACAAUCUUAUCAAGUUUUGUCCAACAAAAGAAGAAACAGAAUUGCUCAAGGGUUACACUGGAAAUAAGGAAAAUUUGGGACGGUGUGAGCAGUUCUUUCUAGAAUUGCUGAAAGUUCCUCGAGUGGAGACCAAGCUAAGGGUUUUUUCAUACAAGAUUCAGUUCCACUCCCAGGUUACUGAUCUGAGACGAGGUUUGAAUAUCAUACAUAGUGCAGCCAAUGAGGUUAGAGGCUCGGCUAAACUUAAAAGAAUUAUGCAAACUAUACUUUCCUUGGGCAAUGCCUUGAACCACGGAACUGCAAGGGGCUCAGCUAUCGGAUUUCGCUUGGAUAGUCUUCUGAAACUCACUGACACUAGAUCCCGCAACAGUAAGAUGACUCUGAUGCACUAUCUCUGUAAGGUGCUCGCCGAAAAGCUUCCAGAGCUACUUGAUUUUCCGAAGGACCUGGUGAGCUUGGAGGCGGCAACAAAGAUUCAACUAAAAUAUCUGGCAGAGGAGAUGCAAGCAAUUAGCAAAGGGUUGGAGAAAGUUGUACAGGAAUUGACUGCAUCUGAAACUGAUGGUCCAGUAUCAAAACACUUUCGUAUGAACUUGAAAGAGUUUCUUAGUUUUGCUGAAGGAGAAGUUAGGUCCUUGGCCUCUCUUUAUUCAACUGUGGGUGGAAGCGCCGAUGCUUUGGCGUUAUAUUUUGGAGAGGAUCCAGCUCGUGUUCCAUUUGAGCAAGUUGUCUCCACUCUGCAAAACUUUGUUAGAAUAUUUGUGCGGUCACACGAGGAAAACUGUAAGCAAGUUGAGUUUGAGAAGAAGAGAGCACAGAAGGAAGCAGAAAACGAGAAACUUAAGAAAGGCGUGUACAAUGAGGAUUAAAACACAACUGCAUACACAAAGGUUCUUGUUCUCUUCUCUCUCUCGACCUCCUUGAGUUGCCUUUGGCAGUCCUGGGAAUCGGAAACCACAUGUUGCGGCUCCUAGUUCGGGAAA